AUGGUCGUUAAUAAAACCCUCGUCUUUAAGAAGAUCCCGGCCGGACUACCGAUGCCUGGGGUGCGCUUCGAAGUUGAGGGCCGGCCAUUCGGUCUUGAUCUCGUUCCAGGAGGUGGUGCCAUAGUCGAGGUACUGUCCGUGUCACUGGAUCCGUAUUUGAGAACCCGGAUGCGCGACGCUAGUAUCUCUAUGUUCAGUGACCCCUAUAUUGUAUACAAAAUCGGCAAGCCCAAGAAGGGCGAUAUCAUCUUUGUCAGUUCCGCCGGCGGUGCCGUCGGUUCCGUGGUCGGGCAGCUGGAUAAGCGUGAGGGAAUGUUGGAGGCUCGCACUUGGAAGCAGCGCUUCAGCACAUCCGAGACCCUGCAGAAGUGGAUUGUCGAGGGUAGCUUCAAAGUCAAGCUACACAUCACCCACGGUAUCAACAACGCACCUGAAGGCUUCAGAGAGCUGUAUCAGGGUAAAAGCUUCGGCAAAGCCCUAGUUAAGAUCAAGGAGUAG